CGCGGCGGAGGUGGCGGACGCUGGGGCCCGCGGCGCUCUGAACAGGCCACCGCCUGUGUGUGCAGCCCGCGGGCCCGGCAUGGGCCGGGGCGCUGGGCGGACAGGAUGAGCGGUUUGGGCAGCCCGGUGCGGGCCUACGACUUUCUGCUCAAGUUCCUGCUGGUGGGCGACAGCGACGUGGGCAAGGGCGAGAUCCUGGCGAGCCUGCAGGACGGCGCGGCGGAGUCCCCAUACGGUCACCCAGCGGGGAUUGACCACAAGACGACCACCAUCCUGUUGGACGGCCGGCGGGUGAAGCUGCAGUUGUGGGACACGUCAGGGCAGGGACGAUUUUGCACCAUAUUCCGCUCCUACUCGAGGGGCGCACAGGGUGUGAUCCUAGUCUAUGACAUCGCCAACCGCUGGUCCUUUGAUGGCAUCAAUCGAUGGAUUAAGGAGAUAGACGAGCAUGCCCCCGGUGUCCCUAAAAUCCUGGUGGGGAAUCGGCUUCACCUGGCAUUCAAGCGGCAGGUUCCCACAGAGCAGGCCCAGGCCUAUGCAGAGCGCCUGGGCGUGACCUUCUUUGAGGUCAGCCCUCUGUGCAACUUCAACAUCACAGAGUCCUUCACAGAGCUGGCCAGAAUUGUGCUUCUGCGACACGGGAUGGACCGGCUCUGGAGGCCAAGCAAGGUUCUGAGCUUGCAGGACCUGUGCUGCCGUGCAGUGGUGUCUUGCACGCCUGUGCACCUGGUAGACAAGCUUCCGCUCCCUGUUGCCUUACGGAGCCACCUUAAGUCAUUCUCAAUGGCCAAUGGCCUGAAUGCCAGGAUGAUGCACGGCCGGUCCUACUCCCUGGCCACCAGCUCCAGCCACAAGAGGAGCAGCUUCCGCAAAGCCAGGGUUGCCCACCCACCCCAGAGCCCACCCAGAAACUGCACCAGAAAUAGCUGCAAAAUUUCUUAGGGAAGAUACUAGCAAGACACACACUGGGGCCUGUCCAGGAAGGAGGCUCUGAGUAGUCACACCUGCAGGACAGAGACCAUUCCAGACUCAGAAACAUCUCUCCCCGUAAUGAUGCUGCUUCUGAAUGCCCAUGCCACCUCCAGAGGUGCAAAUGCUGACAUGUGACUGACACUUCUGCGUGGAUGUGCAUGAAGCUCUUGUUCUAGAUUUGUGUGUAUAAAGGGAAAAUUAGUAUUCUGCUCAACCCUUGAUAACGUGAAGUUUCGAACGUUACUUUAUCAUGAUUGCAGUACGACCUGUUCGUUAAAUAACCGCAUUUAUAAGGCUGGUGAAAUGCGUGCGGUGAGUACAUACAUAUUCAAGGGAAUUUGAAAAGCAGUGAUGGUGGGAUGAGCUAGCGCCAUCCACACUACACGAUGGCCUUUUUGUAAACCUCCUUUUUAAUGUCAAAGCACCAAUUUAUAAAAUGCUGCAGUUGCACAGAGAUUACGUACAAAAUCCAUCCAGUUUGGGUAUGAAGUGCAUUUGAUAAAAGUUUUUGCUAUGCUGUUUACUACAUUUUGGGAUUAAUAAGUAAUUUAUAUGCAUAUUUUUCUGUAAAUCUACACUUUUUUGUACAAGGUGUUCUGCAAGUUAUGAAGCUGUGGAAAGAAAAUGCCAAAGAUAUCUCUAGUUAUGUUGAGCAUAGCCAGCAACAGAUCGGCAAGGGGAAAGCCGUUGCAGUGAAGAAUGAAGUGAAAACACUGUUAUUUAAGAAAAUGUUUCUGAACAAUAAAGUGGAUACUUGUUCCUCUCU